AUGGGGAUUAUUCCUUCAAAGAGGAAGAAGAACAAAGUGAUUGGAACUAUUAAGAGGCCGACGAUUGAAGUAAGCGAAGAACAAGAACCAUGUAAGUAGAGAAAAAAGAAACUGUCUCAAAGAGAGCAUAUUUAUCCUCUCUUGCUGUCUCUAAAUGUUAUUAUAUCCAAUGUAAACGAUUUGAACUAAUUUUGGGAGUUGUAUGUGUAUUUCAACAGGGAAGAAUAUGGGAUUCAAGAUAUUUAAGGAAUCAGUGGGAGUGGAAUUGUUUGAAAAAAAGAUGGCAGAGGCAGACGAGGUGAAGAACUUUUUCAUAGAAUUUUCAUCAAAAUUUCAUAAUCAAUAUAGCUUUUGUCUCGGUAACGCAAUCGCUAACGUCACCCUCAUAAUUCAUAAUCGCCAUCAUUGUUAUCAAAAUUAGAAACGAUUUUCGUCUAGGGUUACCCUCUGUUUAAUUUUUUGUCGUUUUUGUUCUCGCUAUUGUAUUUUUUGUUGUUUCAUCGAAAUCUUUUUCCCAUACAUUAUCCAAAACACAAAACACCAGUAUUGAAGACUACAGCAAAAGGUUAUCCGUCUUGUCACGGUCAUGAGGGGAGUGGGAUAAGGAACAAAUCUGACUUCUUUUAAGGAAUAGAACCCCGCACCUGCGGUUUCCGCGUUGCGAUGCGUGACCGUUUAACUACACAGAACUCUGUGAUGAGUUAAACCAUUACUAAGUUCAAAUGUGAUACAUGCCCUGCAGCUGCAUACAGCUAGGAUCAACAGUGCUGCACGUUCUUUGCAAGAAAAAUAGCAUGUUUUUCUAUAAUCAACUACAGGAUGUUAAAUUUACCGACCUUCCUAUGUUGUUUGUGUUUAAGGCCUCUCCAAAUAUAACUGUGAUUUGUAAGCAUGACUGAUGUCGUGUUUUUGCUUCCCUUUACAGCCUCCACCAGAAGCUGGACCGUUCAGUGCGUCACAAUUAGCACUUUAUGUAAAAAAGUUUCAAGCCGGCUUUGUUCUCAGGUCACUUGUUACACAACAGACGAGAGGUGUAGGUGCAUCUGGGGUUGUAACAGUCCUAAACAACCCUCUCCUCCCUGCCCACGAAUUUUUUUCUGCAGAAAGGGUGUUUCCAGUCCGUCUCCGUCACUGUAAUCUCGUUAAGAUGGACGAUGCCGAAUUGGACAUCAGAUUAACGACUCUCAAGUUUGCCGACAGUGACUUUGAAUCACCUUUCGAUCUGUUUUUGUAUACUGGCGAAGAGGCUGCAUAUUGGAGCCUUUAUAGCUUAGACAAGAUGCUUAGUGCGUUGAAUGGAGACAUAAAAGCAUUUGAGACCUAUUGUGCGGAGGAUCCUUGGCAGUAAGUACAAUCAAUGUAAAAUAUGUGAAAACACUGAUGACCCAAAAGUAUAAUAACCCAAAAUUGUUUUCAGAAUACUAACGACGCCGGCUGCUAAGCCAGUAACACAAAAAGACAAAGAGUUGGUCAAAUGAAAUUUAGAAAGUUAAUUUUUUCUGUUUUUACAAAUACAGCUUCUAUUUGACCAUUGCUGCAUUUCGUCGAGCUCCUAACUCAUUUACUGAUCAGCGGUAUUACUCGUGGAUGGCGUUUGAAUACAAAGCGAAAGACGGUGUGCCUCGCUACGCCAAAUUUCGCCUCGUCCCUGCUGAUGAUAGAGAAGAAACUGGACUUAUGACAGAAGAAGAGCAAAGAAAACCUUGGUAGGACCUGUUGUCCAUUCUUUGUAAUCAUACUAAAAAGUGUGAUGUAUGGUCAUUAUCAAUCAGUCUUAGAAGCUUGUACUGGAACGAAUGAAUCAGAGCUCGGCUAACUUUAAACAAGAGAAUCAAUCAUUUCUUAACUUACUUCUCCUCUCUUUUCUGUAGGGAAACAUUCCGUUGGGAGGGCGAUAGGAGACCUAAAGAUUAUCUAACUUCUGAAUUUGAAGAGCGCAUGUCAGACGGUGGUAUUCAAUACAAACUUCAAAUACAACUACAUGAAAUACAACCCGAGGACUCACAUCUUGUUCUCCACGCGUCUAGAGUCUGGGACCAAGUCACUCACCCUUGGUUGGACUUAGCUAACGUCAAGUUGACUUCACUUAUACCAUUAGACGUAACUGAAUCAACACGCUCUUCGUUAGAAAAUAUGCCCUCAUCUUUGUCAGUGCCACCAGCCAAGACUAUCUACGACUACAAUUCCUCGGCGUACUUGAAAUUAAAAGUACAAUCUGGCUCAAGCAAUAAAUUGAAUCUGCGGCGACCUUCGAAAACCGGGGAAGAUAUGUCCAUUUACUGCAUCUCAGUUUUCACUGGCGAUCGAAAAUAUGCUGGUACCAACGCCGAUGUAACCCUCACCAUCACAGGUAAGACUGAAUUCAAACAUUGCACUUUCUUCACAUUAAAUCUAUUGUCACGGUUAUGCAAUGGAAAAAUACUUUACAAUUCAGAGUUCACCCUCUCUGAAGGCAAAGAUGAACUAACGUUUGAUAUUUAGAAUGGUAAAAUGUCUAUGAUUACUGCAAUAAUAGCUUUUUUUAAAAAAACGUUUUCCAAGGAACCAAAGGAAGAACAAGACCUCUUUUGAUGGACAAAUUGCUCCAUGACGAUCUUGAAGCUGGAAAAGAAGAUACUUAUCUCCUUGCUGCAGAAGAUGUUGGGGAGCUUUUAAUGAUUAAACUACACAAUGAUCAAAGUGGAUUGUUAAGUGACUGGUUUGUGGAGAAAAUCAUGAUUACCUGUAGCCAAGAUCCCCAGAGGCUUUAUGAAUUCCCUUGCUUUCAGUGGGUACAGAGUGAAUCCGUCUUCUUCGAAGGAAAAGGUAAGUGUUGAUGGAAGCAACCAUGUUGUUCAGGGUUGUAUGAAAGGAUAACUUUGACAACGAUAUCGCUGAGAUUUUUCGGUAAAUUUGGGACAACUGCAACUUCAAAGGAGCUUCGCCGAGGGCCAUGCUUGUCAAGAAUGAAAACUCAAGUUUUCAAGAAUUUCUAUAUUUUCAACCCUUCUUAUCAUCUCUAGCCAAAAACUGUCUCAAUAUAAUUUUUUUCUUGGGUGUUUCUCUACAUUUAUCUUUCAAGGCUUCAUCCCUUGGAGGUUAUUACAAACCUUAACGGCCCUAAAGAAAAGUAGAAAUUUGGAGUGUAUUGUCGAUUUUUUCUUUGCAUGAGGUAUUCGCGGAAGGUAUUUUCUGCAAAUUGCAACUUAGUUGUUAAGUUGUUUGCAACUUAGUUGUUUUACUCGAUCAAACAGAUCUUUGCGUAGACACGUGGUAUAACAUGAUGAGGAUCCCUAAUCGUAUUAUAGACGGAUAAACGAAAAGGGAAUUACAAACAUCAUAUCACAAUCACACUUACCACUCUGACUUUGACGGGGCACAAUCAUCGUUUAUGGCAUAACUCGAUACCUAGUUAAGCGCUCUUCGUGCGCUGCAACUCUUGCGAUUAAAUAAAAUACCUAUUACUCUAGAAUACAACAAAUAUAUAUCACAAUUCCUUAUGGUUGGUGUUGUUUAAUCUACUUCAGCGUUACUUGUCACAGAGAAGCAGCAUGAAGCAGUGCAAAACCAAAGACGAAUUGAAAUUCAACAGAGACAAGAACUGUUCCAGUGGGGAGACGAUCCUGUAUUUCACUGUUUACCUGGAUAUGUCAAGUCUGAAAAUUGGAAAAAACUACCUAAAGAUGUUCAGUUUACCACUGAAGCCGCCGACGACCUUCACACAGCCAGACAGAAAGCUCUAAUAAACCUUGGCUUGAUAAAAUUAUGGAAUAUCUUCGAUUCUUGGGAAGACUUUGAUGAUUACCGUAAGGUAGGUUUAGGCAUGAUACAAUUCAAAGUCGGAUUCAUCGUCAAAGAGAUCUCUAAGCAUUUCCUUUUUAUCUAACUGUAAAGAGACACCCGCGGAGGUUCUGUUAAUCUUUAAGUCCGUAUAUUUCAGUAAUUACUCUUUAAUCUGGCAUAAUAUUAAUAAAAAGUAAUGCGAGAUCUUAUACGAAAACCAAUAAUAAAAUUCUCUUCGUGUUUUAGACUAGAAUUUUAAACGUGUUACAUGUGAAAUUCGAUUGAUUAGCAGGAGGUCGACUUUUAUCUAGGCGUUCGUCGCUUUUGUUGGUGAUGUUCCACAAGCCGCCGACCAUUGGCAGGAAGACAACUUCUACGGAGCGCAGUUCCUGAAUGGCUGCAACCCUGAUACAAUCAAACGAUGUACUGAACUCCCCCCUAGCUUCCCCGUCACACAAGAGCUGAUUGGCAACCUUCUUGAUGAGGGUGAUACAUUAGAGAAAGCAAUGAAAGUAAGUGUUUUUUUUCAAUUGAUUUGAACGGAUUGACGAACGGCAGCGAGGAAAGGAGGGACGAACGGAAGAUGUAAGCACGAAUAGACGGACGUUCGGAAGAAUAUACCGACGGGUUAUUGACCCAAAAAGCCGAGUGACUCUCGUUAAAACAAACUUCAGUUUGUGUUCCCAAUUCAAGACUGACGUUUUGUGCGUGAGUGUUUCUUUUUCAAUUUUAUCAUACAUUUCAGGAAGGUCGUCUUUACAUGGUUGAUUUCAAGAUCCUUGAGGACAUCAAGCUUUACGGCUGGAAUGACGAGAACUUAGAGAAGCGCUACAUAUCUGCGCCGUUUGGGUUGUUCUAUGUCAAGGGCACUGGAGACAUAGCACCCAUAGCAAUUCAGUUCCACCAAGAAACGAAUGAGACCAACCCAAUAUGGACCCCAAAUGAUUCUGAGUUGGACUGGACCUUCGCUAAGAUGUGGUUGCGCACUGCAGACGUUCAGUGGCAUCAGGUGAGUAUUUCCGGAUCUAAAACGACAUUUGCAACCAGGUGAAAGAUUACAAAACAUUUCUACCCAACCCUACGUGUAUGAUCCUGUCACGUUCGCGAGUGACGAAGAACAAAGAAGAAAAAAUAAACACAGCAAUAGAGCCUGAGCAAAUAAUAGUGACAUAACAGAGAAAACUUCACAGGUUCACAAUUUAACGAGGCAUAUCGCCGCGCAGGUUGUCAUUUUCCAGAGCCAUAACAGUUCGGAGUCGCAAAUAUGUAUUUUUUUUCUUUAUUCUCACUUCAAAAGUAGUUUCUUAUGUAUCAUUUGCAUAUUCAAAAGUUUUACUGAAAAAGAUAAUAACACUAUGGAAAGUAACACUGCAAAUUAAAACAAGAAAAUUGAGUCACAUGUACUUGAAAAUAUGAAUCUCAACUCAGUUCACUGUACAAGAUUUACCUUACUUAUAAGUGCUUGUUUAAACAUACGUUUUAGGCGACUACACAAAAUUUUGCAACAAAAAACUUAGUAACCUUCCUAAAAUUUGUAAACAUUUUUCUUUUGCAGAUGAUCACUCACCUUCUUCGAACUCAUCUGUUCAUGGAACCGAUCGCUGUUGCAACCUGGAGACAGCUUCCCUCCGUCCACCCUUUAUGGAAACUACUGAUACCUCACAUAAAGGGAGUUUUGGCCAUCAACACCGUUGCAAGGGAAUUACUGCUUCCUGCGGGGGGCGUGGCUGAUCACACACUUAGUGUGGGAGGCGGAGGUAAAAUGCUUCUGUGAAUGUCACCCGGCCAUCAUUUUGGUGUCCCUUUUCUGUCUGGGCCUCCUGCAUAAUUUGUUCCCCCCUAUUUUACACCUUUCAUAUCAUCUUUCAAAUUUCACGCAUAUCAUGUGAAUGAAAUUAAAAUCAUAAUUUCAAGUGUUACCACAUCACCUAUACGAAAGGCUGAACAUUCAUUGUAUGAGCAAUUUUUUAACCUUAUAUAUCAAAUCAGCUUUUCUGGUUGUCAGUUGAGAUUACAUUUCUAUUCAUCGUCUUUUUUUUACAAUAUUCUCCAACAUAUGAAAUGGUAAGCAUGCAUUUCAAAUCCAUUAUUGCUCCAACAUUCCUGGGUUACAAUGUGAAUAUUGCCAGUAUUUGUUUAUCGUGUUUUAUAAUAAUCUGCUCAUUUUUCCCAUUUUAGGUCACAUUGAUCUCAUGAAAAAGCACUACAAGGACAUAAAUUGGUCAUCGUACGACCUACCAAAUGUCCUAAAGGAGAGAGGAGUGGACGAUCCAGACAAACUUCCGGGAUUCCACUAUCGCGACGAUGCUUUGCGACUAUGGCAGGCCAUAAAUGACUUCGUCAAAAGGUUGCUAUCGAUUUAUUACAAAUCAGAUGAGGAUAUCAAAAGGGUGAGAAGUGUUUUAUCUCAGAAAGUAAGAAAGAGCUGGAAACCUUUUCUAAAAUACACUCUCACUCCAUGCUGCCUUUUUUCCCAACAGGACACAGAACUCCAAGCGUGGAUCGAAGACAUUCACAACAAUGGCUACACUGUCCGGGAGGGUGAGGCGGACCAUGGCUUCCCAUCGUGCGUUGCAAGCUCUGAGCAGCUGGCCAACCUACUUACUAUUGUCAUAUUUACCUACUCUUGUCAACACGCAGCCGUCAACUUUUCUAUGAUGGACGUGUAUGGCUUCUCUCCCAAUGCACCUACUCUCAUGCGACAGCCUCCUCCAACAGAGAAGGGCAAACUGACCAUGGAAGAUGUUAUGAAAAGCCUGCCCAACCAGCACCAUGUAGGAGUUGCUAUAGCGACCGUCUAUGAUCUAACACGCAUAUUUCCUGAUGAGGUAAGAAAUAUCUGAACUUUUGUCCCAAAACUAUACUUUUCUAUUACUUUUCCUGUUGUGUAGUCAUCACACAAUAAAAAAUAUAAAUUUCUUUUUUCAAGUUGUCAUGCCAAUCACUGUUACAGUUAAAGCUGAAUCAUAUGCGGUCAUUUAAAUUGACUUGAGUUGUUGUUUAGUAAACCUGUGUUUUAGGCCAUAUUUUUUAAUCUGAACUUAUGAUGGGAACAGUUUUAUAGAUGGACUGAAAAUAUUUAUUCACUUCAGACAGCCUGCUCAAAAGUAAAUCUCGAGGUCCAUCGAUUUUUUAAAACUGCGGCCUAAGUUAGAUUUUGUCGAAAUAGCCAUCCCUAUAGUUUUCAGUUUUCCCCUCAAGCCAGAGUUCAGAUAAUAGAUACACACUUCACGUAUUUAUCUUACUGAGUUAUAUUUUUGCGUAUAGGCUAUCGUAUUAACAAGUGCAUUUAUCUCUCUCUUUUUCCUAUGAAGCGUUUCCUUGGUGAUUACUCUGAUGGCUCCUUUACUGACAUGGCUGCCAGAGAGGCCAUUUUGCUCUUCCAAGGAAAACUUAAUCGUAUUUCAAGGUCCAUAAAGAAAAGGAAUGAUAUUUUGAAGUUUCCUUACAUUCAUUUACUUCCGGAAAGAAUACCAAACAGUAUAGCUAUUUAGGCAUGGUUCCGCUAAGAUACUCACAUAUCAUUAACACCCAGAUAUGUGUUCCAGUGUGAAUUAGACAGGAAAUACUUCUCAGAAGUAACCUGGAUAUCACUGAACUGCGCAUCGAAUGAACGACUCCAGAAUGCUAUUUCUCCGAUAAUAUAAUCCCGAGUCAAGUUUUUCGUAUGUGCCAUUUGGACCAUGUACUUGUACUCUCUCAGUAUAUAAGGUUGAUGUUCUCUUUCAAGGAUAAAUGAUUAACCAAUAAACAUCCGACGAUGAUCCAAGUCGCAUCAACUUGAUGAUUUAAUCCGAGAAAUGUAGAAAAAUAAAUUUAGAAUAAGAGACUCGAUGAAGCAACGAGUUUUCUAUAUCGUUUUUCCAAUGAUGAGGAUUUCGCUUCGACGUUUCGACUGCAAAUCGUGUAUAGUUGGUUCUCAACAAUUAUGACUGGUACACUUCGAUGCUGCCUGUGUAGCUGAGUUUCUCUCCCAGUGGCUAGAGGCAGUAAGGGUUAACCCGUUAACUCCCAUGAGUGACCAAGACAGAAUUUUUCCUUGCAAUGUCUAUACAACAUCAACCAGAUAAGUGAUGAGAAUGAAGAAGAUCAAUUUAGCGAUAAUUAGUUGAUCAAAUACUAAAUUCUCUGAACUAACAUUAUACGAAUUGUAUGGUUGACAGUAAGGAGAAUAACAAAUUUGAUCUGGGAGUUAAAGGGUUAAUUGUUAAGUCAUCAAUUCUAAGACGGAAGUUCGUCUACUAGUUUGGCUCUGAUGAUAAAUUUAGAGAACUGAAUUAGUUUAUAAGAACAUAAUUUUGCGUCAUAAAAAGAAAAAAAACACUAAAAAGAGUAAAAAUAAAUAGAGAAUAAUACAUGUGCAGGCGUAGAUAUGGGAUUUCUCUUCGAUGUUAAGUCGAUAGCUCACGAGUGAGCGCAGCGAAUUAGUGAAAUGUCGGGUUUAACACGAGCAGAGAAAUUCUAUACCUACAAGCAACCAUGUAUUAUUUUGCGUAUCAUAUAAACACAAUAGCCCUGUGGUGACAAGAAGAGCCGAUUUAAUAAAUGAAAAAAAAAAGAAUCGACAAUCAUACAAAGCGUUGGCGCAAAGUCUCAAGAUGGAAAAAUGAAUCGGGAUUACAAAACAACAAUGGUCGUAAUUUUCAAGUUACAAUAUUCUCAUUUAUUGACUUUGUCCUUACCGGCAGAAGAAAUCUUUCGGGUAAACGACCAAAAUCGGCCUGUGGCAAAUUUUCCAGUUGCCGAUUUUCCCUCUCAGCCGCGAGAAAUAGAGAAUGAUAUAUGAGCGCGACUAGAUAUGGAAUUUCUCCUCGAGUGUUUAACUCGAUAGCUCACGAGUGAGCGCAGCGGCAUAUACAUUUACUAAAGAAGCAAUUGAAGAUUCUGUCAUUGGCUUUGGGUUAAUAUCUUGUAAACCUCAACGGCUCUUAGAGAGGUUUUUCGCUUUUGUUUUGCAAAACCAAAGACCUCCAAAGCGUGUUUCUUGAAUAAAUAUUCAGCUUGGAAAAGUUUUAGAUUUUAUUAUGAUCCAUCCUGGCUGCAGCCCUUGAUAUUUUGAAAGAAAUGUGGAAAUAAAUCGUGUGAUCGUUUUGUGUAUAGUGGACUUUGAUGAUCGUCAUCGACAAAACUUUGCCGUCUCCGCUUACAGUGUACAAAUAGUGACGUAAGCCAUACGUCUCUCGGCCUUCAUUGCGUGAUACAGCAUUUGAAAUUUAUGACAUGAAGAUAUCGUCACAUCUUCGAUGUCUAAACGUCAAUUCGUGGGCCUAAGCUGGAAUUACAAAAAUAAUCGUAGGAUCACGUCAAUGACAAGAAGCGCGAAGUAAGUUGUCACAAUUUUAAGCUGCUGUUUUGAUCGUGGAUUUUUUUACGGCUACAAUGCCAAGUGCCUUAUAAUACAGUACUCGAAACUGGUGUCGGAUGAUACAUUGUAUUGGUGCUACUUAGCUCAGCUCAGACAGACAUUUGUUUUCGCAACCACUGGCCAAGCGCUGUCGGGGAAACAUGAAACGUAACAUGAAAGAAAAAGCUUUUAAAUUUCAUCGUUAUUAUUGAAUAAAGAGAGAUUAGAGAUUUAUGGAUGAGUUAAGCCCUUAAGAAUACGUCCCUUUAUAUUUUUAAAAUGUUUAGACACGAACGCUUUCCACGGUACAAUUAACAAAGGUUCAGUGAUCUCAAAGUAACAUGCAGAGGUGUUAAGUUCCCUUAGGGCAUUAUAAACAGCAUUAGGUCUUUGUUUCCAGGCAACAGCUGAGUCUCUUUGUCACUUGACGUCAGGGCAAGAGCAACAAGUGACGCAGUGAUCGAUAUGGGAAUAAAUAUUAAGGGAAUUUGCAAGAUAUCGUUCACAGGUUCAUAGCUGGUGAGUAUAUGGUAUCAAGUAGUGUAUUUGCUACAGACAUGUUUUGUGCAAUGUUUCUGACCGGCCUUUCACCAGGACCAAUGAUGAAAUGCAAACUCCACAAUCAUUGUACGAACUGGUAAUGAGCACACCAUCCGAUGCUUCAUAAUUGUGUUAUUUCGCGUUGUUUGACCGAAAGCUGUAUCUGCUCGUUAAAUGGUUUUUUUACUUCACUAGCUUUGUUCUAUUUCAAUCUGCCAGCGGGCUAAGUGCUAUAUUUAUACGAAACGAUGAAAAUUUAGUUUCAGUGGGAGUCCAAUAUCAUGGAAACGGAUUGAUUUUUGAAAGACUUGUGUGACAAUUGUCACGUUUCGUUAUUUUUUUAACGUUUCCGUCGAUGAAGAUUUUAGAGCAUGUCUUGAUUAUUACAAAUGAAUUAAGGGAGUAAGUUCCUGAAGAAACUGUGGUGCUGCGUCGGUGGGAGAGUAUACAAGGGUAAUACUAGCAUUGUCAACACGGUUGAUUACGUAAAUUGGGCACCGUAAAGAGUUUCAAAGCUGACGUGUUGAGCGUUAGCCCAUUUUUAUUAUUACAGCUAACCUUUAGUUCUUAAUAGUGUUCAAAAUACAAGUCCUCUCGUGAAUAUGCAGGCAUAUUAAUGACUUCGGGAGGCUUGUAGAAGGAGUCAUUAACAUGCGCUCCUACAUCGCUAGUUACUGAGUUGAAAUUUACUUUGAAUGUAAGGAAAGCGAUGUCUCUUAUGAAAGAAACGUUCUUCAGCUUGAUUAGAAGAAAAAGAUGGGAUAAAAGUACACUUUAAUGAUAUUUGAAUGCGUUAAGUUACCUCUAAAAUCCCGAGCGACUUUCAAUAUCCAAAAUAAACCAUCGGUAUGAUAAUCUUAGACAAAUAUAAAUGAUGAAGACGAUUAGCUUCACAAAUGCAUUAUUCUUCGUCUGCGUGACACGCUCGGGGAGAUGAUUAGGGAUGAGGGGGGAGGAGUGGGGUAAGGAGAAAGGAGCGCGCGGCUGGCAGAUUUACCCUCUCUGCCGCGCAGGCUAUGUUAUUACGUUUACAUUUCCAAUGUUAGAUGCGCUCUUUAAAACACUUCGUGAGAACAAUGGACGUUUCGUCCCGGAAAUAUUAGCAUCAAAAGCUGCAAAGGCGACCAAAACCUUCACCGAAUGCGUACCAAUUAACCUAAAACAUCGGGAAAGGUGGGACUCCGGAUCGAAAUUUCCGGGCUUGGUGUCUCUGGCCGGGUCAUUGUACUGCGUUUGUGGUCAAAAUACUCAGUCUCGAAAGCUGUCUCAAAUGGGGAGCAAGAGCUUACGGGGUCAAACGUAACUAAGAAUAGGGCUGGUCGACUAGGAUCACCACAUGCAUAAGCACUCCUCUUAUACUCGGCGUUGACUCUUUAUUCUAUCACUUACCAGAAAAAAAAAACACUUGUUUAGAAACAUGGGCAUUAUUCCAUCAAAGAGAAAAAAGAAAAGAGUGAAUCAAACCAUCAAGAGACCAACAGUUGAAACAAAUCAGGAGCCAGAAGGCUGUAAGUAAACAAGAACUGUUCAUCUCCUGUCUGAGUUUAAAUUAUACAUGAUUUAUGUUUUCUUUGACUAAUUUGUGCUUUUUUACAAUGUAAAUAGGGAAGAACAUGGGAUUCAAGAUAAUCAAGGAAAUGAUGGGACAGGAAUUAUUUGAAAAAAUGAUGGUAGAGGCAGACGAGGUAAUCAAGUUCUCUAUGCCUUUAAUGUCCGAUCUCACCUCAGAGAUGAAACAUUUUCAUCAUUGCUAUCAUUAUAUUUGUUUGGUAAUUGUCCUUGAUCCAUAUCAUACUCGUUAACAUCGACGAUAGAGUUACCGCUAUUAUUUGUAAUCGUCAUCGAUUUAAACAUUAGGAAUGGUUUUUGUGAAGGGAUAUAAUCAGGAGUGUCUAGCAAUUCUCCAGGAUAAUGUUUAAGUUUUCAUUUAAUCUCCAUAGUGAACGAAUUUUGUUUUAGAUAAAGGUUAGAGACUAGUUCUGUACUUGCUUCCCUUUACAGCCUCCACCAGAAGCUGGGCCAUUCAGUGCGUCGCAGUUGGCACUUUAUGUUAAAAAGUAUCAAGCCGGGUUCCUUCUCAAGACACUCUUGACACAACAAACAAGAGGUGUAGGAGCCACUGGAGUUGUAACAAUCCUCAACAACCCUCUCCUCCCUGCGCACGACUUUUUCUCUGCAGAAAGGGUGUUUCCAGCCCGCCUCCUCCACUGUAAUCUUAUCAAGGUAGACGAUGCCGAAUUAGACGUGAGACUAGCGGCUCUCAAGUUUGCCGAUAGUGACUUCGAAUCACCUUUUGAUCUGUUGUUACAUACUGGUGAGGAGGCUGCGUAUUGGAGCCUCUAUAGCUUAGACAAGAUGCUUAGUGCGUUGCAUGGUGAGACAGAAACAUUUGCGACAUAUUGUUUGGAGGACCCAUGGCAGUAAGUGGCAACAUUAUCUGUUCACAUAUCGUACCAAAAUAAAAGAAAACUUUACUUAAAAGAUAAAUGCCUGGAGAAAGGGAAGUGUAAUUGACCUGUUACCAUAAAAGUUUCGUUGUACGAAAUGGACACAAAAUUUUAUUCGAUUUUGAGCUAGCUCGCAUUUAAGUGAAAGAAAUGAGAUACGAUAUUUCAUUUUCAAUUUAUUCACAAGACGCUCGGGAGAAGUCUUUCGAUAAAUUCCAACUUCCGAUCUGUCCUGAGAUCUUUGUAUUAAACAUAUGCGGCCACAAGACUGGAUUCCCUGUUGUUGAGUAGCCUUACUACCUUUUUCAAAAAGAUCCAAAAACAAAAAUGGAGAGCCAUCCGCUUUUUUGUUUGUAAUCAAAACUGAGUGCCCGAAACAGGCUUUUUUUUUUCUGCCGCCAAGUAAUUAAACCGCUACGAGCUAAAAGUACCGCAAUUCAUGAAUUUCCGUUUCUUAUCUGCUUCUUCAAAUACAGCUUUUACUUAACCAUUGCUGCAUUUCGUCGAGCUCCUGAAUCAUUUACUGACCAGAGGUAUUACUCGUGGAUGGCGUUUGAAUACAAAGCGAGAGACGGUGUGCCUCGCUACGCCAAAUUUCGCCUCGUCCCUGCUGAUGAUAGAGAAGAAACUGGACUUAUGACAGAAGAAGAGCAAAGAAAACCUUGGUAGGACCUGUUGUUCAUUCUUAGCUAUUACCAAAGAGGAAUUUUUUUUAGCUAAUUCAGCCCAGAGAAAGAUCAUAAAAGGGUCAAGUAACGUGUACACUAGUAGUUUAUCCAAUUUUCACUUUAAGCGAUUAGGUGUACUGCGAGAGGAAAAUUAUGAACAUUGUUGAAGAAAUGCUGAGCGAACUUUCGGUGAGCGUAUACUCAGGAUUUCUUCAGUUUUCUCUAACAGUAAGUUCGCCAGUAUGAACCAAUUUGAACUUUUGGGAAGCAUAAGGCACCGUGAGACUACAAUGUCCUUCCCGAGAUCUCAGCACAAUGACCCAGGAAAGGCGUAAAUCCGCAACCUCUGAGCCAGACUCCUGCACAAUAGCAAAGCAGCUAGAUAUGUCAAUUUCUUAAAAAAAAAAAAGUGUACGUCAAAAACAAUUUUAUGACUUCUAAAUCGGAAAAUUACUACAAUCGCAAUGAUUUUUCUCGUAUCCCUGCUCCCCACGGCUCAUUUGUUUAUUUUGAUUUGCUUUUUUACCAUUAUGAUAGUAGUGGUCAAUGUGGUCGCAGAAACCGAUACUAAAGGUGCCAGUUAGCUUGUCUGGCUGAUCCCCAAAAUCUACCAUGAAACCAGCUAUAGGAAUUUUUAGUUUAUUUUUCUUGUUUUUCUGUAGGGAAACAUUUCGAUGGGAGGGUGAUAGGAGACCUAAGUCCUAUUUAACUGCUGAUUUUGAAGAGCGUAUGUCAGAAGGUGGCGUUCAAUACAAACUUCAAAUACAACUACAUGAAAAACAACCCGACGACUCACAUCUUGUGCUUCACGCGGCUAGAGUCUGGGACCAAGCAACUCACCCUUGGCUAGACCUCGCUGAAGUCAGGUUGACGUCACUUUUACCAGAGGAUGUAACAGAGGGAACCCGUUGUUCAUUAGAAAAUAUACCGUGUAGGUCUUUGUCACUCCCUUCUGCCAAGACUAUCUACGACUAUAAUUCCAUGGCGUAUUUAAAGUCAAAACUUCAAUCACGUCCUAAAAAGCAGAGCUUUUCUUUAAGGAAGACUUCUAAAUCAGAGGGAGAUAUGUCCAUCUACUGCAUUUCUGUGUUCACGGGAGACCGAAAACAUGCUGGUACCAACGCCGAUGUGACCCUUACAAUCACAGGUAUGACUUCUUUAUUUCCAAGAUACGAGCAUAUCUAGUCCACCAGAUAGAUCGUUGAUCAACGGAUAAUUGUAUGCAAACUGAAUAUAUGGGACGACAUGCACCCUCGAUGAGACGCUACGACGAUAAUUGUUAAUACCGAAAAAUUCGAGAGUGUUUACCAUCUUCCAUUUUAGAAUUCAGGGCCCAGUUGUUCGAAUGCUGAUUAGCGCUAACCCAAGAUUAAACCGUAAUCUGAGUUUUUUCAUUCCUUUAUUCAAAAGCAUUCUUGGGAUAAUUUCUUGUGUUCUUUUUAAAGCAUCAAAUAGUCGUAUUCUAGACUAAAAGAAUCCGACUGAAUCUUGUGUUAAAGCUAUCAUAUCUGAAAUCAGAUUUCACACUAACCCUGGAGUAUCUUAAUCCAGCUUUGAAAAACCCGGCCCAGAGAAGAGAAAGCUCGGGUUGAGUGGCAUUAAAACCAAUCGAGAUUUUUUAUUUAGUCUACUCUUUCGUGGGUUUCUUCCCUACUUCACAGCCGCUGACUGAACUCGUCACGUCAUAGGCAUGCAAUGAUGACGGUCUUGUUUAAGAAGAUCCUAGACCCAUACUUUUUAUGACUUGUCAGUGCUGUUAAAAGGUACACUUGGAUAGAUCACCAAAGCCAUCAGAAGGUACUUAUUCCCAUUUAGAUCUGCACUCAGACAAAUCAGUUAUCUUUUCAGUUAUGGAGCGAAAUGAUGGACUCCAUUGUAUUUGACUCAGAGUGACUCUUUUGAAAUCGUAUUUAGGCAGUAGAGGUAGAACAAGACCUCUUUUGAUGGACAAAUGGCUCCAUGACGACUUUAAGGCUGGACAAGAAGAUACGUAUAUCUUGGCAGCUGAAGAUGUCGGAGAUUUGUUGAUGAUUAAGUUACACAAUGAUCAGGGUGGUUUGUAUAGUGACUGGUUCGUGGAGAAAAUCAUGAUCACCUGCAGCCAAAAUCCUCAAAAGCUUUAUGAAUUUCCUUGCUUUCGAUGGGUGCAGAGUGAAUCCAACUUCUUUACAGGAAAAGGUACGAAGUUAAUGAUGACAUAAAUCUCCACAGUACUGAUAAAUAAAAUGAACCCUUUUUAGGGAGCAUUUUUAUUUAUCGCCUGGAGGGGGUCGGGGGAUUUUUGGAGGACCACAUGGUUUUCAGGGGGGAUGGAGGGAGCAUUUUUCUUUGCCAACAGCGCCAAUAGGGGGGUAAUGGAAAAUUGAUUCCCGAUUAACUCCUAUGGAGGGGGAUCAUAACAGUGUUACAGAAUCCUAUGGUGGGAGGGGGCGUGAAGUAAAUUUUGAUCGUAACACAACCCCCCUUUCCCCCCAGGCGAUGAAUAAUGACUUGUUCCUUAGUCAAUGUUUCAUGCCUCUAUCGAUGAUAGAGUGUUGAAAGUGAAGCAAGGUCGAGGACAGAUUAAAAGAAUGCCUUCUGACUUUCCUCCAGCCCUUCUAGUCACAGAUGAGCAGCACGAAGUGUUACGAAGCCAAAGGCGACUCGAAAUUCAACAGAGGCAAGAACUGUUUCAAUGGGGAGAAGAUCCUUUGAACCACGGUUUACCAGGAUAUGUCAAGUCUGAGCACUGGAAAAAGCUCCCCAAAGAUGUCCAAUUUACAGAGGAAGCUGUGGAUGACCUUCAUACCGCCAGAAAUAAAGCACUAGUAAAUCUUGGUUUAAUAAAGUUAUUGAAUAUCUUCGAUUCUUGGGAAGACUUCGAUGAUUACCGUAAGGUAUGCAUUUGUUAAAUCUUACUUUAUCCGUUAGGUCUUAUGAAGGAACUUUUGAAAUUUUGUCAAGUGUGUGUUUGGGUUGUCAAGGCAUGUUCCAUGUGCGUUUCAUAUGUUUUCAUAGAAAGGCUUGAUAAUACAAAAGAAAUCUCUCAACAAGCUGCAGGACUUUCUAUGCACAGCGUCUUCAACAAAUAUUUUAGGUGAAAACGUUUAUUCAAGAAGGUUGUGCAUUUGAUGGGAAAUAAGUUAGUUGUGCUACCUUAACAAGGAAAUCUACAGCAGUCCAUUUUGUUGCAGGCGUUUGUUUCUUUCGUUGGUGAUGUUCCAAUGGCUGCCGACCACUGGCAGGAUGACUGCUUCUACGGGGCACAGUUCCUGAAUGGCUGUAACCCUGAAACGAUCAAGCGAUGUACGGAACUACCUUACAACUUUCCCGUGACACAGCAAUUGGUUGGAAACCUUCUUGAUGUUGAUGACACUCUGGAGAAAGCAAUGAAGGUAAAUAUCCCUACACGUGAAACUGUUCGGAACUGUUCAUUUGCAUCCAUGGAUGAUCGAACCGACAGACUCACGAAGUGACUGUGUGACCAGAAGACUGACGACGAAACUUAGGGACGAUGAGAAAAAAUAACGACCGAUAGACCAAAUGCACGAUCGAACGAUCGAAUAAUCACACAUGCGUAUGACUGAUUUACUAAGGAAGCAAUGUGGCCGAGUGGUUGGGGCGCUGGGCUAGUAACCUGGUGGUCCCGGUUUCAUGCCCUUCAUCCUGUUACCCACCGGAUUUGUUUUAGGUUGCCUGAGCUCAACUUCGUGGCUGCGCCUUGUCUAUAGCCAACUGGUCUGUCUCCCGCCAGUUGGAAUAUUUUAACUCUGUGUUUAUUUACAAUUUUUUUGUAUUGGCCUUGAAAGUCCCAUUUGGGGAGUGGUCAAUUGUUAUUGUUAUUAUUAUUACAGCCUAUUUGAUCGAAUGUAACCUUUUCAUGUUCAUAGCUCGUGCAAAGCUCUGUUGUUUUCUUCUUAAUUAUUCAUUUUUAAAUUAUUUUCAAUUAGGACGGGCGUGUUUAUAUGGUCGACUUCAGCAUUCUUGAUGGCAUCCUAUCUUAUGGAUUCUUAGAUGAAAACUUAGAGACGCGCUAUACGUGUGCGGCGAUGGGUUUGUUCUAUGUCAAGGGCACUGGAGAUAUGGUUCCCAUCGCAAUUCAGUUUCACCAGGGACCUGACGUGACCAACCCAUUAUGGACCCCUAAUGACUCUGAAUUGGACUGGACCUACGCCAAGAUGUGGCUGCGUAAUGCUGACAUGCAGUGGCAUCAAGUAAGUUUUCAAGUUAAGGAUCUCAACUAUAGAAAUCUAGAAUAGGUGGAUACAUUACCUCUCCGGAUAGAUUCUAUUUGGUUAGCGUUGCGUCUCUUAAUGCACAGAUAUAAACUAUUCCAGCGAUCUGUUAGGAUGAUGAUGAUGAUUGUAAAUACCAUACUUACGAUUUUUAACACUAAAGAUGGUAAGGAUUUCUGUUACUAUCCCCUCCCUUCCCCUGCCAAUUGAUUUUGCCCAACACCCCUUCCUUUACGUUCUAUUUAGACGAUUGCGCAUCUUCUUCGCACUCAUUUCUUCAUGGAGCCACUCGCUCUCGCCAGCUGGAGACAACUUCCCUCUCUUCACCCACUGUGGAAACUAUUGGUCCCUCAUUUGAAGGGAAUUAUGGCCAUCAAUACCCUUGGGAGAGCAAGGCUCAUUGCAGCUGGAGGUGUAGUGGAUCAAACUCUUAGUAUAGGAGGUGGAGGUAAGGGAGCUCCGUCUGUGGAUAUUGCCAGAACUCCUAACUUCCUGAAUGAAUAUUUACGCCCCAAAAAUUCAACGUAUCGCACACCUUUUUGACGAAACCUUUGUUAAGACGGCUUUUAAGAGUCCUUUACCAUUCAUGUUACAUUUCAGAUGAGCUGUCCAGUAUUUAAAGCUUUUAACAUUGUUUUUUGUUUCGUUAUCAUUGGAAGAUUUUUAUUCGGCAAUGUAUAUUUGUAAACCAGAUCUCUACAUCCGUUCAUGCAGCAACUUGUACGAAAAAGUUUGUAAUGAUUUCAGAGGAUACCAAAAGGUUACUUCGUUUUCAUAAGGCUCAGUUUAAUGUCCAUUGUAGGUCAUAUUGAUCUCAUGAAAAAGUAUUACAAGAACAUGAAGUGGUCGUCGUAUGACCUGCCAAAUGUCUUAAAGGAGAGAGGAGUGGACGAUCCAGAAAAACUACCUGGGUUCCACUAUCGUGAUGAUGCCUUGCGACUAUGGCAGGCUAUCAAGAAUUUCGUCACAAGGAUUGUAUCCAUCUAUUACCCCUUAGAUGAGAUUAUUCAAAAGGUGAGAAGUGUUUUAUCUGGAAAACCACGAAAUCGCGAAAUGCAUAUUCAAGAAUUUAUCAUUACUCAACGGUGACUUUUCUCUCUGCCAGGAUACAGAACUCCAGGCGUGGAUCCUCGACAUUCAUGACAAUGGCUACACUGUCCGCGAAGGAGAGACGGACCAUGGCUUCCCAUCGUCUAUUGCAAACGCUAAGCAGCUGGCUCACAUACUAACUAUUGUUAUCUUUACUUGCUCUUGUCAACAUGCAGCUGUAAACUUCUCGCAGAUGGACGUGCUCGGUUUCCCGCCAAAUUCGCCGGGCCUCAUGAGACAGCCGCCUCCAAAGGAAAAAGGCACAGUGACCAUGAAAGACAUAAUGAAGACUCUUCCCACCAAGCACCAGGCAGGAGUUGCUAUAGCGACGGUGAACGAUCUGACUCGAAUUUCUCCCGAUGAGGUAAGUUAUAACCUUGAUAUUCUCUAACAAAUCCUGGUAUUUCCCUUCAAACAUUCAAACAUGAUGUGUCAACCAAUUUUGACGCUGAUUGUAGAUAUUCUUUUCUUACCUUCAAGCGUUUCCUUGGUGAUUACCCUGAUAGCUCCUUCACUGACAUGGCUGCCAGAGAGGCCAUCUUGCGCUUCCAAGGAAAACUUCAGAGAAUUUCGGCGUCAAUAAAGAAAAGGAAUGAGAAGUUAAAGUUUCCUUAUACUUAUUUGCUUCCGGAGAAAAUACCAAAUAGCAUCGCUAUCUAGAGAAGCAUGCUAUAAUUCUUACAUACCAACUUGUUUAGCUACUUGAUAAGAAUACACAUGGCUGCGUUACGUUUCACAGCCAAGAAAAUGUUCGAAAGUGAAUGCUUUCAAGAGUCGAGAACAUCUUAACGGGCUGUGUUCAAUUUACAUGGUAAAACAAGUUUUCAUCAAUAUUUGCAUUGAAAUAGUUUUUCUCUACAGUAAUUUAUUUAUUUAUUCAUCUAGGUGAGCCCUAUACGUGAUAAUUCUUUAGUGUGUUCUUCUUCGUGCUGAAUCUUAAAGUUUAAUUUAGAUGAACCUCAUAUUUUCUUUAUAAAGGAGUACGGCUUGUUUUGAAAUAUCUAAAGAAAUAUAAAUAUAACUCGACAUAUACUAAAAAUUUAUUACUAGGCAGAAGUAUAUACAUGUGAUAAUUAUAGUGUAACGGAGGCAAAUGGAAAAUGUCUCUGUAUCUUUCGAGAAGACUGGACGUUUCCUAUUUUUCUGGUUAAACCCAGUUACACGUACAAAUGCUACCCCAAAUAGUAUGCUGAGAAGAUUAAAUCGGUUGUCCAAAAUAUUUCCAAGUGGCUAUGGUUACUGCGUACAAGCAAAACAGACUUGAGAGGACGAAAAGCGAAGAACUGCCGUUAAAAAGCUUAGAGUGGCUUUUCCUAGCUGAAAAGAAGGAUGUCAGUGCCACAUUCGUGAUUAUUGAGGACGAUAAGAAAAUGGCGCGAGGGAAAGAUGAUGCUUUUGCCGCCUUUCGGUAUACAACCGCUGUUUUAGCUGGCUUGCUUUUACGUUUAGGCAUAAAAUUAUCAAUACUUUAGCAAAAAUUCAUGGCCUUGUCAGUCACUAGAAACGUCAGUCGCAAGAAAUUGUGGUCAAUUUUCGCUGGUGAUAAAUGAGAUGAAACAGAUGACUGAAUUUUUUUUAUCGAAAGACGGUAUUGUUAUUAGUUAGCUACCUUAAAAGGAGAGUGCUAACAACCGGCUGCAGUUCGUGAAAUUGUUCUGCGUUCGUGACAAAAGCAGACCGAGCUCUUGAUGACGGUGGAAAGUCUAUCAAAGGCGCCAUUUGAGUGCAAAUGCAUUUGUUAUUCAUUCUGACACAAAAGAUUUCUUCUCUUCGACAAAUCUUUGAGUCACAAAAUACUAUGUCAUAGUGUAGUCUGAUCGUCCGGGUGAGUGUAGUUCUGAAAAGGACUGUUGUCGGUUGGAGUGACUGACGUUUCGACAAUCUGAGCGGAAGUCAUCAUCAGAGGCUGGUGAUGACUUCUGCUCAUGGUCACCAAUACCGACAACAGUCCUUUUCAGGACUACACUCACCCGGACGAUCAGACUACACUUCCACAUGUUACCCCCGGCUUCAAACCAUUUACUGUACAAAACACAACCUUUAUUCAAAGAAAAAAAAGAUCGAUUCUCAACAAGAGAUUAUAAGCAGCUGUCAAAAGCAUUAAUAUGUCAUCGGUUCAGUUUAGUUUAUAUUAGACAACGCGACCUUCGGUGACGUUGUUUAAGCCACAUUUACGCUGACAAGUUUUUUAUGACAAACACAUUGCGGAAAAUUAUCUGCUGUACAUUAACAGAGUAAACUAAUCAGAAACACCUGUCAACAAAAUGACAGCAGCUCUGGAGUAGAUUUUCGUUGAUUUAGAACUAAACCGUUCCAAGUUUACUUGACUUUAGACAUCUUGUCGAUCUUCACUACGAAAUUUCUUUUUUCCAAAUUUCUUUGUAACUAUCCUUAAAAAAAAUAUAGCAUGUCCGUUUGUGCACGAAAGAAAGAUGGACAGAAGCCACAGAAAGUUUAGCUCUUAGAACAACAGAUCG